CAAGCAUGAUAAAUCUUCAUAUGAAGUUGACAACAAAUUCAACGCCAAGUUUGAAUGCGUCGAUAAAGCUUCCAGACAAAAUUGGACAGCUGAGAGAUAGUCACAAGUGACGUUGAGAGACAGUGUUCACCAACGAGAAAAACUGGAGUAAUCUCGAUUGCACUUUCAGACCCCGUACAGACUGCUCCACAAGAUAACAAAUCGAUGAAUAAACUGAAACUAAAAUUCAAAAAAAAAUCCGAGAAAUUUUCUCCAUUCAUAAAAAGGAGACAUGGUAGUGAAGUACUCUCCACAAUAAAUGAAGAAGUGAGAGUUGUGCGCCGACAACAUGACCUUACUAGCUUUUGAUGGCUCAUAUCUGGACGCCGGAAUGAAUUCCCACCUACAUCGGACACCAGAUUCACAAACAAAUGGCUCAAAGCUGAACGCCGGAGUGGAUUUCCACCUACAUCGGACGCCAGGUUUAUAAACAGAUGGUUCAAAGAUGGACGCCGGAGUGGAUUUCCACCUACAUCGGAUACCAAACUUAACACUUGUUGUGAGAGAAUCACAACAAGGUAUGUUUGUAGUGGUUGAUGGCAUGGAUCUUGGAUAUCGUUUUAGACCGAGCUUAAACGAUCUGGAGGGCGGAGGAGGCGAGACAUGGAUGAUGGAAAUGAUGGAGCAUGGAAUAGAGAUGACGCUAGACCAGGCUCUAGUGAGCCUCAAACCAUCAGACGAGACAACAAAAACUUCAAGAGUCCUCGGCUUGAGUAUAGUUGAAACGAAGAGGUUGACGACAUCACACGAAAGAGCCCACCAAAAGUGAGAGACCGAAAGAACCAGAAGGUUUUAGAAUAUUUUUGUAUCUAAUACAUUCAAAUAGGGUUUUAGGGAAAGGAUGGAGCAUGGAAGACGACGUUGUUUGCUUAUCAUUACAAAUACAUUCAAUUUUAGAAUUUUUUGUAUCAAAAGAUCUUUUUAUUGUUACACAUUCAGAUAGUUAAUGUAUAGUUGGUUUCUGAUGUGAAGGUACGGAUAACUUGUUCAAUUAGACCAUUGUUAACACAAAAGUCAAUAAAAUAUGGUUCUUGCUACAGACGAUUUUGUUUGGCAGUCAAUAUCUUGUUUAAUUGCGACCAAAGUGUGAACAUUAAAGUUUCUCUUAUCUUUGUUAGUGUCUCACCGAACUUUAAAGUUUCUCUUUAAGAUAUAGUACAAUAUCUUUGUUAGUGUCUCAUCAAGACCAUUGUUAGUGUCUCACCGAACUACAACAUAUUUACACAAGAAAAAGUUCAUGUAAAAUAUAGGGGAAAGUUAAGAUAUAGUACAAUAUUUUUUUCUUUUUCUCAUUGUGACAGUUCAACUUUCUUACAUUUUUCAACUUAGUUUACUAAAGUUUCUCUUUCAGUGAAACUUAAUUGAUUCAAGUUUAAAUAACGUUUCGUAAGUUGUUCACCAAACAAUUGAAACCUAUAAUAGAUCUUACUUAAUUAUAUAUAGAUGUAAUCUACUGCUGUAGCAAGACAUUUACAUUCAAUCCAGUAAUUUAAAUUGAUUUUUUUUCGUUCAAGAUCCAACAUAUUUAUUUUAAAUUUAAUGUCAUGAAAUAGUCAUGACAGAUAAUUGGGUACUCUUAAAACUAUGUAUAUUGUUCAUGCAAGUAUGAAUAUCGACUCAAAUAAAUAUAAACCAUAACCUCACUAUUAAAUUGAACUCUCUAUGAGAGAUGAAAACCAACUGUAUGUUAAGUAAGCGAUUGAUCCAAGUAGCCUACGUAGAACGUAGAGAGGAGGGAGUGUCCGUCCCUGACAUCUGCAACGUCCUCCCACUUUCUAUUGAUUUUACUGGUUAACCAACUCAAGGUGAUUUAGUGUUGAAAGGUUCAUUUUAGAAUUGGGGAACACUUGGUGGGUUCAAAUAUGAUCGGAUCUGUAUAUUUUUUAAUGACUAGUAACAUUCAAUUCUAUACAUCCUUCAUAAAUUUUCUGUUUUGAGAUUUGAUAUAUGCCACCUCAACUUCACACAAAAGCCAUAAACUGGAUGCAUGACUGCAAUUUUAGUUUUUUUUUGGUCAGCAUAAUUUUAGUUGAUCAUGCUUGAAAAUUUGAGUCUAUAUAGAAGUUAAAUCGGGGAAAGUCUACUAUUAAAAAAAAAUUUCUAAUAAAAAUUAAAGGUAAUAGUUGUUUGGUUAAAAUGGCAGCAGGUAGGGCUUUAUAAAAAAAUAAAAUACAAAAUUAUAAAAAUUCUUAAAGAUUAGCUGUAGUCUAUUGGACUUCCUUAUAUUAAUUAAGGACCUGUGAGCUUGGCGCUCGGGAGAGUCGACGGCUGGCUUAGAAUGGACCAUCACAAGACAUGAAGAAGUACUACAAUUUGCGGUAAUGGAGCAACAUGUGUUCUCACUUCUCAUGGGAGAAGGAUUGGCACUUAGAUCAGCGCUUCUGAAAUGCAAGGAUCUGGGAAUCCGGAACUUGAAAUAUGAAGCUGAUUUAUCGCUGCUUAUUAAUAGCAACAAGAAUAGAAACACUCUACUUGUAUGGAGUCGUGGCGGAUAUUCGCUGCAUUGCGAACUAUUUUGAAUUUAUCUCGUUUGAUUGAAUUUCUAGGAAAGAAAACAGAGCAGCUGAUAUGCUUGCAAAACAAGUACUACUUGCAUCAAGUGAGGGCUUUGCUCUUGCUUAAAAUCUUUUUAUUUUAAUGACAGUUGUGUUUCAAAAAAAAAUUAAGGACCUGUGAAAAGAUUUAUCUUGUGAGCUUAUACUAGGUUUUUUUUUGCUUUGUUGUUUAUACGUAAAUGAGGUUGUAGAAAAUUACUAUACUCAUUCACAGUUUCUUAAAACCCUAGCCAGUCAAAUUCUAAUUUAUGCUUCUAUUCUUUUAGAGACUAAUGAUUUAUUCAAAUUUAUUUAUCUAGUACAUUUCCUAACAUGACAUGGCGGCCUAAAGGUAGUAGCAUACUUGCGUCUCGUUUGGUAGAUCAAUUAUCUCAAAAGCAUAGAGAAAAACAAUUAUGAGUUAAGUUCUUUAUAUGAAUUAUCCGCUUUUUUUUUCUCUUUUUCUGUGGAAACGUUUUCAAAAGUUGGUAGCCAUCGACAGAAAAAUCGUUAUGGCCCUUUCUGAUUUGACUUAGAAAAGACUUAAUGACCCAUACUGAGUUAGUCAAAGUUCAAAGUUUACUAUAAGCUAAUAUUAAGUUAUUAACUAAUAUAAGUUGCGCAAGUUUGUACUAUACAAGCUUAGUCAAUUCUUUUUACAGAACGAUAAUAAUCACAAAGAUAUAUCAGAGGCAUUUUAAGAUGUUUUAGAUUGACUAGGAAUUGUGAGACUCAAUAUUGAAGUUUCAAAAAUAUUUAUAAUUCAAUGUGAGAUAAUAUUUAUAACAUAAUUACUAUUUAUUUUGACAUAUAAAUGGGAAGUAUAUAAUUAGAAAAGAAGGAAUAUUCAACCACAAAUAUUGAUAGUAAUUAAUUUAAACAAAUCUGAUUUGACCAUUGUCAUUGUUUUUUGAUUAUAACAUGUUUUUAAAAGUCAGGAUCACACACCAAUUUUUUUGUAUAAAUAUUGGUAAGAAAAAUCUCAAACGUGUGUAUGUGAGAGAGAGUAGAGAGAAUGGGCAAAGGAAGAGCGCCAUGUUGUGACAAAACCAAAGUGAAGAGAGGACAAUGGAGCUACGACGAAGACCUGAAACUCAUCUCUUUCAUUAACAAGUAUGGUCAUGAAAAUUGGAGAUCUCUCCCAGAACAAGCUGGUACUAAUGUUUCUGAUCUUAAAGCCUUGGUCUUCCUUAAGCUUUUUGUCAUCUUCUUGUUCUGAUUCUUUGUGUCUAUAUUAUAUAUGCAUGCAAUGAAAGGAUUGUUGAGGUGUGGCAAGAGUUGUCGUCUUCGAUGGAUUAACUACCUCAGGCCUGAUGUGAAACGUGGCAAUUUUAGCGUAGAGGAAGAAGAAACCAUCAUUAAACUUCACCAGAGCAUUGGAAGCAAGUGGUCGAAGAUUGCUUCUAAACUGCCAGGACGAACAGACAACGAGAUAAAGAAUGUGUGGCAUACCCAUCUCAAGAAAAGAUUGAGCUCGAACACCAACCUUAAUGCCGAUCGUGAUGAAGCGGCAACAAAAGGUUCUUUGAAUAGAGAAGAGACAUCUCAAGAGUCAUCCCCUAAUGCGUCUAUGUCUUCUGGUGGCUCCAAGAUCUCUAGCAAAGAAGACGGUGUACAGAUAGGUCAAACGUUUCAGUAUUUAGAAGGCCAUAGCGAAGUUACGAAGACGUUACAAGAGGUAGACAAACCAGAGCUGCUGGAGAUAUCUUUUGGUGUAGAUCCUGAAAUAUGGAGUUUCAUUAAUGGUUUAGAUUCAUUCCAACAACCUGAGAACAGUUUGGCUCCAAGGGCUCAUCAAGACUCCCAAGAAGAUGAAGUUGAGAAAUGGUUCAAGCACCUGGAAACCGAACUCGGGUUAGAAGAAAACGAUAGCCAACAACAACGGAGCAUAGUGAUGCUAACAAAGAAUCAUCGUCAUCAUCACCUUGGAGAGUUACGAGCUCUUGAUAAACCAUUGACGAAGCCAUAAACAAACUCAAAUUAUACUGAUUAUACUCAGUGAAAGCUAAAUUCUUG